GUCACUGCACUCAAACACCGAAGGGCCGCGCGCCAUUUUGGCUCAAACAAACUCCUUAAUAUUUUAUCCCAAUUAAAGUGUUUUUAUACUGUAAUAGGGUAUUUUUAUGCUAACAUAUUGUCGGGUAACAGUAAACUUACAACGACUUAACAUUUGUCUUGCCUUCUUUUUACGUUGUGAAAGUUGUCAGCCAAAAGUCAUGGUUUAAAGAAACCCCAGCUGAGCCAAGUCAUUUCUUUGCUAAGUUUUGUUUUGUUGUCGGUUGGUUUAUUUUUCACUUUGUGUAAUGGGAGGCUGCUCCGCUCCAAACUGCUCCAAUUCAACUAGCAUAGGGAAGCAGCUGUUCAGAUUUCCCAAAGAUCCUGUGCGAAAGAAGAAAUGGGUUGUGAACUGCCGGCGUGACUUUGAGCCCACUCCUCACUCCAGACUCUGUCAGGACCACUUUGAGGAGAGCCAGUUUGAAGAAAUAGCCAGAUCUCCAGCUGGUGGAAAAAAGCUGAAGCCUAAUGCUAUUCCCACUCUGUUCAAUGUGGGAGACCCUCCUUUCCCUGCAGUCACCUCUCCAUAUAUCCUGCUGCCACUAAAAUCUGAAGCAGUGGAAAAGGAUCUAAAUUUUGGCGAUCAUGGCUAUGCCAGGCGCAAUCCUUUGUCUGGCCUUGAAGAGGAAGACGGAGAAAGAACAUCUGAAGACCACAACCCCUGCAUGCAGUGUCAACUCCUUAAGAAAAAACUGGAGCAGGAGAUGCAGCACACCGCAAGACUACAAAGAGAGGCAGAAGAGAUGAAGAAGCGUCUGUAUCGGCUCGACCGCAUCGAGAAGGGACUCCAGAACUUUCUGUACGAGGACCAGAUCAGAGCGCUGUCCCUCACGAAGCGCUCGCGGCGCGCUGUCUGGUCGCCGGAGACGAUCCUGAAAGCCAGAAAGAUCCGCUGUGCCGUCGGCACCAAAGGCUACGAGUACCUGAGGGAGAUCGGCUACCCUCUGCCCUCGUACAGGACUCUGUGCAACCGUCUGGAGACAAAGAUCAUGGUGACGACCGACAUGAGCUGCGAGGAGCUGGCAGAGCUCGGCCUGGGGCUUAUGGCCACAUGCGACAGCCCUACAGAAGGGGUCGGGGACAAUGACGAGGAAGAACUGAUGGGAGUUUUAUCCUGAUCCCAGUUACUUAGACUGAUUCUGAACUGUUGUAGAGGGACAAGUUGAGACAUUACACUGUCCGUGAUUUAGAAAAGUUUUGCGGCACUGGCCUUCAGGUCACCUGGCUGUAUCCACAUUUUAUAUCCACUCAGGUGAUGUUUGAUGCACCAGCUUACAUGUAGCCUGAUUCCUGUUCUGCUGAUUCCCUGCUGUGAUGCUGGCAUGUUAUGGUAGCCUGAAUGUGUGAGGAGCAUGUGCACAAUGUAGCUCAUUCAUAUGCGUCAUUUAUGUGUAAAUGUGAGUGACGUUUGUUAAAAAAAAACCUCUUUGCACAGCUUUUGUGAAAUCGCUGCUUGUUUUUAAUGUCAAUUGUGACACAGCUGAGUCUUUCACUGACCUUGUUCUAUACAUUGAAAAAAAUUAAGUGUAAUGCGAACAGAUAAAUGCUGCACAUUUUGGUUUAAGAACCUUUUUAUUAGGAACAAGUGAGAUGAAUGAAGCAACCUUUAAAGAAAGUUUGGUGAUCUAUUCAGCAUAUUUCAGCAUAUUUUGUGGAUUUUAGCAACUGUAGUUCUCUAGAGAACUUGUCGAUUAUACUCUAAAAAAAAAACUGGAUUUGUUUUAUCCAGUUUAACAAAUCGAAAUAUCCUCCAGUUUUUCCUAAUGCAGUUUACUGUCAGUAAAUUUAAUAUAUCCAUCUGAUCUCUCUUUACAUCCUUAAAAACGCUGUGUAGAAUGUAGACAUUGGCUGGUUUCUGUCACUUAGCUUUAUCUUGAUUAAUCAGAUUUUAUAUUUAACAUUUCAUGAUAGAAUUAUUCUUGAUUUAUAGAGAACAGAUUGGGAUUAACAGUGUUCACCUCAUCCCAAUCCUUUUCAAAUAUGUACACUAAAUCAACAGAUUAUGGAUACUUUGUUGCCUUUUUUUUGUUAUUAUUUCUUUAUUUUAUUUUCUCUUUUUUCGUUGUUGUUUGGAUCAGGGGUGCCGAAGUCAAGUCCAAUAAAACAGCUUAGUUCCCUCA